CGUCAUCAACGUGCGCCUCCUGUUGUGUUGUCCGCGCUAUUUAGCAGCGUGUUUUGGUUAGUGGUGUGCUACAACUGCCGUUACGGGCAUAGUUUUCUUUUUUCUACAGCGUGUCAUUUCUUAGUUAUGGAUAUGGACAGUGCCAGAUUGGUGGUGCUGCAGACCCUGACUCAGGCCACCAGCCAGGACACAACGGGGCUGAAGCCUGCAGAGGAGCAGCUCAAACAGUGGGAGACCCAGCCCGGAUUCUACUCUGUCCUCCUGAAUAUCUUCAACAACCACAUGCUUGACGUGAAUGUCAGGUGGCUUGCUGUGCUCUACUUCAAAAAUGGCAUUGACCGCUACUGGAGGAGAGUUGCCCCACAUUCCUUGUCGGAAGAGGAGAAGACAUCACUGCGUGCUGGUCUAAUUACAAAUUUCAAUGAGCCAGUCAACCAGAUCGCCACCCAGAUUGCAGUGCUGAUAGCCAAGGUGGCCCGUUUGGACUGUCCCAGACAGUGGCCAGAGUUGAUUCCCAUUCUGAUGGAGUCUGUGAAGGGCCAGGAUGGCCUGCAGCAACACCGAGCCCUGCUCACCUUCUACCACGUCACCAAGACCCUGGCAUCUAAGCGUCUGGCCCAGGACCGGCGCCUCUUUGAGGACCUCGCAUCGGGGAUCUACAGCUUUGCCUGUUCCCUGUGGAGCCACCACACCGACUGCUUCCUCCAGCAGAUCUACGCCAGUGACGAGGCCGCCGCUCUCAGUUCGCUGGAGAGGACGCUGCUGUCACUUAAAGUGCUUCGCAAACUGACAGUGCAUGGAUUCCAGACGCCGCAGCAAAAUAUGGAAGUGAUGGGCUUCCUGAAUGCCGUCUUUGAGAGGCUAAAACAGUUCCUGGAAUGCUGUCGCCGAGUUGGAAAAGACGGCGCAUGCAGAGAGAAGCUGGAGAAAACAAUUAUACUUUAUACUAAAGUGUUGCUCGACUUCCUGGACUACCACCCGGUUGCAUUUAUCUCGCUGAUCCAGCAGUCCCUGGAGUUUGCGGUCAGCUACUUGUUCACGCAUGUCGGAGAGGGGGUCACCUUCGAGCGGUUCACCGUGCAGUGCAUGAACCUCAUCAAGAUGAUCCUCCAGAACCACACGUAUAAACCUGCCAAGAACAUCGAAGACAGCAAGCCUGAGAGUCUGGAGGCUCACAACAUCAAGACGGCCUUCUUCACACACCCCACGCUGACGGAGAUCGGACGUCGGCUCGUCUCACACUACUUCCUCCUCACCGAGGAAGAGCUGGCCUUGUGGGAGGAGGACCCCGAGGGCUUCGCUGUAGAGGAAACGGGUGGGGACUCCUGGAAGUACAGUCUAAGGCCAUGCACAGAAGUACUCUUCCUAGAUUUGUUCCACAAAUUCAGCCAGACCAUGACACCGGUGCUACUGGAGAUGGUGCAGAACCUGCAGGGACCGACCAACGUGGAGGAUCCCGUUCAGUUGCUGAUAAAGGAUGCAGUGUACAAUGCAGUGGGCCUGGCAGCGUAUGAUCUUUUCGACAACGUGGAUUUUGACGAGUGGUUCAAAAACCAACUUCUAGGGGAGCUCCAGGUCAGCCAUCACAGGUACAAGCUGAUCCGGAGACGGGUCAUCUGGCUCAUAGGCCAGUGGAUAUCUGUGAAGUUCAAAUCUGACCUUCGACCUCUACUCUACGAGGUCAUACUGAGCCUCAUGCAGGAUCCGGACCUGGUGGUGCGGAUCGAGACUGCCACUACUUUGAAGCUCACAGUCGACGAUUUUGAAUUCAGGACUGAGCAAUUUCUUCCAUACUUGGAGUCAAUCUUUGGGCUGCUCUUCCAGUUGCUGCAGCAGGUGACGGAGUGCGACACAAAGAUGCAGGUGUUGCAUGUCAUCUCCUGCGUCAUCGAGAGGGUCCACAUCCAGAUCCGGCCAUACGUAGGCUGUCUGGUGCAAUACCUGCCUCUGCUCUGGAAACAGUCUGAGGAUCAUAACAUGCUGCGCUGUGCCAUUCUCACCACUCUCAUCCACCUUGUCCAGGGCCUCGGAUCAGAGAGCAAGAACCUGUAUCCCUUUCUUCUUCCUGUCAUCCAGCUGAGCACUGACGUGUCGCAGUCUCCACAUGUAUACCUCAUGGAAGAUGGACUGGAGCUGUGGUUGGUCACGUUGGAGAACAGCCCUGCCAUCACCCCGGAGCUACUCAGGAUUUUCCCCAACAUGUCAGCCUUGCUUGAGCUCACCUCAGAGAACAUGCGGACCUGCUUCCAAAUCAUCAAUGCCUACAUCUACCUAUCUGCGACCGAUUUCCUUCAGAACUAUGCAGAGGCCCUGUGUCGAUCCUUCUGUCAUCUUCUCAAAGACAUCACUAAUGAAGGACAAGUUCAAGUGCUCAAGGUGGUGGAAAUAGCGCUGAAGGUAAGCCCCAUACUGGGGGCCCACAUGUUCCAGCCCCUGCUGCCAGCUGUCCUCCGAGGCGUCGUAGACGGAGAGAGGUACCCCGUGGUGAUGUCGACUUAUCUGGGCAUCACUGGCCGUGUCCUGCUGCAGAACUCCAGUUUCUUCUCCUCUCUGCUCACACAGAUGGCCUCUGAGUGCAACCAGGGGAUUGACCAGUUGCUGGGCAAUGUGAUAGAGAUGUGGGUAGACCGCAUGGAUAACAUCACCCAGCCUGAAAGGAGGAAGCUUUCGUCCCUGGCCCUGCUCUCUCUUCUCCCGUCGGACAACAGUGUGAUCCAGGACAAGUUCUGUGGCAUCGUCAACAUCUGCGUGGAGGCGCUGCACGACGUGAUGACCGAGGACUCUGACACGGGCACCUCCAGAGACUGCAUGCUGAUGAGCAAUUUUGAGGAGCCCAAACUAAGUGAGGAUGAGGAGCCACCCACUGAGCAGGACAAGAGGAAGAAACUGGCCAGCAGACAAGUUCCUGCUGGCUCUGAAGGCCCACCACUGGAAGAGAGUGGUGAGGAAAAGAAGGUCGUGAGCAAUAGACUGAAGCUGGCCCUUGAGGACCCGGUGCACAGCGUGUCCCUGCAGCAGUUUGUGUACGAGAAGCUGAAGGCCCAGCAGGCGCUGAUGGGGGACCAGGCCUUCGGUGUUCUGAUGGAGACGGUGGACACAGAGAUCGUCCGGCAGCUCCAGGAGUUCCUGCGAGGCCUCUGAGGCAAAGCCCCCCCUUCCACACACACACACACACACACACACACACACACACACACACACACACACACACACACACACACACACACACACACACACACACACACACACACACACACACACACACACACACACACACCUCUGAUAUCUGUCAUCUACUGGAAGGGCCGAGGACAUCGGACCCCAACAAACCCACAUACAAACACCCUGCCCCCUAGUUCAGCCUUAUCAAUAUUCUGACUGGACCAUGACUACCAUCUGCAGCUUUACUCCUUCCACUUCUAUCCUUAAGCCCAAAUUAAUUAGCUUUGAUGUUCCUUGGCCCAACUCGCAUCCUAGCUACACACAAGCACCAUUGUGGUUGUUUUUAGCCCCGGACAAACCUUCAAGUCCCCGUUAAAGUACCGUAGAGCUUCCAUUCCUGUACUCUUGCGACGUUAAAUUUCCUGUUGUUUAAGAAGAAGGGAUAGAAUUGUGGAGGGAAUGCAAAAUUCAAAACUGUGUGUAUGUGUGUGUAAGAAUAGAUGUAGGAUGCAGAAUGAUAUAGCAGAAAAGGAAAUUGCUGCCAGAAGGGGCGCCACAGACUUUCUCAUGGAGAAAACCAAACGGCUCGCAGGUUGAAGAAGUGCGGAUGGCCUCCACUUGACGGACCGAAGCAGUGUUUACAGAACCCAUUUCUCCCAGAAGAGUUUCAUGAAAAAACAAUGUCAUUUUGUACAUAUGUUAGGAACGAAUGAAAUGACUGCGUGAUGAGUUUUGGAUUUUUAGUUUGCUUUUAUUUCUUGAUUUGUUUUCAACAAUUUGAUAUUUUCUUAUUAACCAGGUUCAAGUGACUACUGAGAGAUCUAGAGACCAUCUUUUAUUUUUUAUUUGGGAGGGGGGAAUUCAUCUAAUUAACUGGGUGAUUCAAAGUGGUUAAUUUGUAAAAACCACGUUUGUAUUUGUAAUAUUUCCUGCUGCUAAUUCAUGGUGUGUUAGAGCACUUUAAUAACCAAAAUAAGUGAUGUUCAGAACGCCUUGGUUUUUCUCUUGGUGUCACACUCCACCAGGAGGCGCUGAAGCUAAAUCAAGUUUUAUUUCAUUUAACACUUUUCAUAGUUUUGUUAUGAUAGCCACAACUAUGUUAUCCUUCGCAGCGUGUACAGUCAAAGCCAGCUACGCACACUAGGCCAUACAUUAGUGAUUAGGCCGUACCCAGUUAGUCAAAUAUAGAUGAGGACAAAUGUGAUCGUCCACAAAUAUAUGUUGAGACGUUUGGUAGUACCCAAACCAAAUUAAUCAUGACUAGAAUACGUUGACAACCACAUUGGAUUACCUGAGUCUGGCAAGUCUGUGGUAUAUUAUUUUAUUUAGGGGUAAUUAGUUUUAUUUUUAUGAAAUUCAAUCUAUAUAUAACUGAACGCAAUUGCCGAUGUGAAUCAGAUUGAAAAUAUCCGAUCACAAUGUAUGUUAUUAUCAUUAUUAUGGGUUUCUUAGCGUUCUCGGCCACCGCUAAGAGAUGGACCCCUUGCUAACUAUCGCGAUCCUGUGAUGGUCGGCUAGCAGGGGUAAUCACAGCCUUAUGCUUGAAGCCUUAUCUCUCAUUAUCCGUGGCCUGGGUGAAAGGGGACUUGCAUUUCAUCUAUUUUUGAGCUACACUAUAGAGGGUUUUUUAUUAUUUAGUUUUCAUUUGACAGUUUGUGUAGAGAUGGCUAGGACAAGGUUUUAGAACACAGCAUGCACCAGAGGCAAUUUUUGGUUUACUGAAUUUCCUGGUAUAGCAGGAGUGCAUCUUUGUUUAAUUUUUGCGUUUCAAACCCUUCAAUAAAAGUCAUUACUCUACCAAAA